AUGAUAAUCGCAGUAGAUUCUGAUAAGCCGUUCCCAAUCAACCAAUAUCUAAAUAACCCUGAGAAUGUACUAGUAUUAGAUGGUGGUCAAGGUACCGAAUUAGAAAGGAGAGGAUUAAAUAUAAACCAUUCGUUGUGGUCUACAUUACCUUUUUUGGAAAAUUCAGCAUGUUCUAAAGAUAAUAAAUACUUGCAAGUCAUUAAGGAUAUGUAUGUUGAUUUCAUUAAUAACGGGUCUAACGGUUUAAUGACAUUAACUUACCAAUCAAGCUAUGCUAGCUUGAUAAAGUAUAGUGAUGGUAGAAUCAAUAAUUUAUCGGAGUAUACUGCAUUUUUGAAUUCAAUCGUGGACUUUGUAUAUAGCAUAUUGAAGGAACAAGGCACAGUCAAUGGCAAACCUCUAUAUUUGCUUGGGAGCAUUGGGCCAUAUGCUUCAUACUUAUCCAAUGGAUCGGAAUAUACAGGUAAUUAUAACAUUAACGACGAUCAUAUAGAUUUUAUCAACUAUUAUAGCCCACAGUUAAGUAAUUUCAUUGAAAAUGACAAAAUCGACUUGAUUGCAUUCGAAACUAUUCCCAAUUUUCAAGAAUUCUCCAGUAUUUUAUCGUUAAAAUUCCUGAACCAUUUCAUACCAUUACACGAAAAGGGUCUAAAACCAUUUUUUAUUUCUAUUACUGUUGAUGAUGAAACUGGCAACCUUAGAGCUGGAACCACUUAUAGCGAACUCUGCAAUUAUAUCAUCAAAUUUGUCACAGAAAAUGCCAAGGAAAAUCAUGAGCAUAUCAUUCUAUCCUCUUUGGUUGGAUUUGGUAUGAACUGUUUCGCCAAAAAGAACUCUGUUGAAUUUUUAAACAAGUACAAUAGUUAUCUAAAGGAACAUUAUCCCCCUGAGUUUAGAAACAAUUCUAAUGUAAAGUAUUUUAACGUCAUAUACCCUAAUAGUGGAGAAGUUUAUGAUGGUCAAACACGUACCUGGAGUCACUCUGAUAAUGAUGAUAUCCACAACUAUAGCUGGUCCAAUUUGGUUGAGAAUUUUGUCAAUGUUCAGCACUGUAAAAUCAUUGGUGGGUGCUGUAGAACUACUCCUGGUGAUAUAAAAGAAAUCUCAACAGCUAUAAAUGUUGUUGUUGCUGCUGCUGCUGAUGUUGAAUAA